AUGUUUAACAGGGGUUGUGAGAAAGAAGUUGCUGAGGCUCCAAAUGAUGCCUCUGAGGACACAAAGAGUGAGGGCAUCAUGCGCUUAUCUUGGGCAUUGGUUCAUUCUAGGCAACCAGAUGAUGUGCAGCGUGGAAUAGCUAUGCUUGAAGCUUCAAUAGGGAACACUAACAGUCCAUUGCAAAGGAGAGAGAAAUUAUAUCUUCUGGCUGUUGGCUAUUACAGAAGUGGUGACUUUUCAAGGAGUAGACAGCUUCUUGAACAAUGUUUAGAGAUUGCACCAGAUUGGAGGCAAGCUUUAUCACUGAAGAAGGCGAUUGAAGAUCGCAUCACAAAAGAUGGUGUGAUCGGAAUCGGAAUCACUGCUACUGCUGUGGGGCUUAUAGCUGGUGGAAUUGCUGCAGCCUUGGUCCGAAGGAAUUAAUCAUCAUCAUCAUAUGUCUAUUGUCUACAUCAACAAUAACAUCACAUAGACCCCUUUUUGUUGACAAAACAGAAACUAUUCACAUUUCACAGCUUUGAUUGUUUUGAUUUAGUAUUUGUCGGUUGUUGCUGUGUAGAAGGUUUUUUUUUGAGCUUGAUUUUAUAAUAAUGUAGUGCGUGUAU